CCUCCUCCAGUCCGCCUCUCCACCGAUCUUCUUCCUCUCAGCGCCGCCGAUGGAUGCCGACGCUUGCGACUCCUCUUGCUCAAGCAGCAGCUACGCCUCCCACUCCUCUUCGGCGUCCUCCCUCGCUCACCACCACGGCGAUCUGAGCACAGAGCUGAGCUUAGGUCUCAGCGUCUCGACCUCUAAAUCGCAGCUUUCGUCCGCAGCAAGGGACCAACUCUCCGGUUGGCCGCCGAUCAGAUCCCACCUUCGCAGCCAGAUUACGGCGCGGCGCCGGAAUCCGGCCACUUUCUUCGUCAAGGUCUACAAGGAGGGAGUCCCAAUCGGCCGUAAACUCGACUUGCUCACGUUUGACGAUUACGGUGGACUGAUAAGAGCCCUCGGAGAUAUGUUCAAGACUAGCAUUUUCGAUCAUGAUAUCUCAGGCGAAUGUUCAAAAGGGAUGUAUGUAUUAACCUAUGAAGAUAAAGAAGGAGAUUGGAUGAUGGUGGGAGAUGUCCCUUGGGAGAUUUUUCUUACUACUGUAAAGAGGUUGAAGAUCACAAGGGCAGCCGUGAAUAUUUAUAAAUAUUAAUCUCUCUCUCUUCCUUCCACACAUUCUCUCUCUCCACAGUUUUGUUCGGUAGGCAGCCAAAAGAAGAGAAGCUUAGACGUAAAUAUCAAGAUAAAGUUUCAUGUACAGCUUUAAUUAGUACAAAGGAAUAUGAAAUUUGAAUAAUGUUAUACUUUGAUAUUUUUAAAUAACUCAAAAGUGUUGUUGUUGGGAUGUGACAUGCCUCGUGUCUUGCUUCCGAUGCAACUUUGUCACCACCACCAUCUUCUUCCCUGCAUCGAAUGACGUGCAUCUGAAGGCAGGAGUGCUUUGCUGUAUACCCAAAUCUGGAAUGGGCGGCAAAGCAUGUCUUUCUUUGAUGUGUUUG